CCAUUUCCUUUCACCUAGGGACAGCAGGAGGUGUCUCUGGGUUUUCCGGGAUGAGCUCGAGGUCCUGCUAGUUUCUAAGGAGUCAAGGGCCGCGACUCAUAGGAGGGCGGAGGGCGGGGAGAAAAGACUGCGACUCUGGGAUUGGCCCGGCCAGGUGCAUGUGGCCCCCGGGUGAGCAGCCCCCGCUCAACCGCCGCCGCAUUCCCUGGGGGGCGCGGAGGAGGAGCCGCUCCCCAACUUCGUGGCCCACAGAGAAGUGGGGGACAGAGGCGGUCUCCUCCGCCCAGCAGGUCUCUGCCCUGACGGCUCAGCCUGCUUCCAGGGCACCAUUGCCAUGGAGACCCCCGAGGCUAUAAAAGCAGGUCUCCGGGUGGACUGCAGCUGCCGCGCAGCUGAGCCCCCCAAGUAGGAAGCCAGCGCCCUGGCGGGGCCCAGCCCCCGCAGCAGGGAAGGAGGCGGGGGAACGGCGCCUGCAGCUCGAAGAGCGGCGCGCCCCGCCACGGGCUGGAGGCUGGCUCGCGCGGCUGGUGUCACCGUCUCAGCAGGGAGCAGGGGCUGCCCCGGGUGCGGGUGAGUGGCACGGCUCCAAGCCCCGAGAGACGGAGGGGCGCCAGACCUGGGGAAGCGUCCGGAGACUCAGGAGGGGGCCGGAGCUGGGGCUCCGGUGGUCUCCCGGCGGGCCGGAAGCGAAGCCUGGAGUAGCGAGCAGCCCACACCUCUAGGCAGGAGGCCCACGGAGGGAGUAGCUGACGCCAGCAGUGCAGCCCGAGAGAGGCACGGGAACCGGAGCCGCUGCGAGCCGAGCAGCGACCUCGGGACCUCGGCCGCAGGUGCCCACGCGCAGAGGGAGCGGUACCGGGGCGCGGGAGCCGAGGCGCCCUCGUGCGGAGCCUCCGGGCCGCUGGGGCGCGGCGGCAGGAGCCAUGCUCAAGCCCAAGGACUUGUGUCCCCGAGCGGGUACCCGCACCUUCCUGGAGGCCAUGCAGGCUGGCAAAGUGCACUUGGCCCGCUUCGUGCUGGACGCGCUGGACCGCAGCAUCAUCGACUGCCGCGCGGAGCAGGGUCGCACGCCGCUCAUGGUGGCCGUGGGGCUGCCGGACCCUGCCAUGCGCUCCCGCUUUGUGCGGCUGCUGCUGGAGCAGGGAGCAGCGGUGAACCUGCGGGACGAGCGCGGCCGCACCGCACUCAGCCUGGCCUGCGAGCGAGGCCACCUGGACGCCGUGCAGCUCCUGGUGCAGUACAGUGGCGACCCCGAGGCCGCCGACUCGGCAGGCAACAGCCCUGUGAUGUGGGCAGCGGCGUGCGGCCACGGGGCGGUUCUCGAGUUCCUGGUGCGCUCCUUCCGCCGCCUGGGCCUGCGCCUGGACCGCACCAACCGCGCGGGCCUCACGGCGUUGCAGCUGGCCGCAGCGCGCGGCCACGGGACCUGCGUGCAGGCGCUCACGGGGCCCUGGGGUCGGGCCGCCGCCGCCGCGGCUGCGCGGGGCUCCAACUCCGACAGCCCCCCGGGCCGGCCGGCUGCCGCGCCGAGCCCCGAGCGUCGACGACCCAGCCCACGCCGCCUGCCGCGGCCUCUCCUGGCACGCUUCGCGCGAGCUGCGGGCGGCCACGGCCACGGGCACAGUGGCGAGGCCGCCCCGGCGGGCAAGGGCUCGGGCCGGCACCGGGCACCGGGCGCCGAGCGGCCCGAGUUGGGCCGCAGCAUGAGCCUGGCGCUGGGAGCCAUGACCGAGGAGGAGGCGGCACGCCUCCGGGCAGGAGCUCUAAUGGCCCGACCAAACUCACCCCAGUCUGCGGGGACCGGGCGGUGGCGUUCGCAUGAGGUGCUGGAGGGAGCUCCCCCAACCUUAGUGCAAGCCCCCAUCGGCCUUAGUCCCCACCCCGAGGGCGGCCCUGGCUCUGGCCGCCUGGGUUUGCGGCGACGUUCCACAGCCCCAGACAUCCCCAGCCUGGUCGGGGAGGGUUCGGGACCCGAGAGCAGCACGGAGUUAGAGGCCAACGCUCUGCCCCUCUCGGUUCCUGGGCCUAAGCCCUGGCAGGCAGGGGCCGAGGCUGUAGUGCUGCAGGCCCAGCGAUAAACAGCAAGGGCCGAGUCCUGCUGUCCUUCCCAUCUUCCCAGGUCCUCAUCGUCUCGAAGGCUGCCCCCACCCCUCAGAACCUGUCCUCACUGCCAAAGCGAGACCUCUACCAGUCCUCCACCAGAAGUAAGAAAGGGACUCAAACUCCUCUGUGUGCUUUGCUAGUGCCAGUCUAGAUCCCUCACCCUCCUUUGGACCUGCCUUUCCUGGAAGGUGAGGAUCCUGCAGAGCACCUCUAUUAACUUCCAUCAGAAAGGUAAAUUUGAGACUGGGUCUGCCAAAGUUAUGGGAAUCUGUCAGGCCCCUUCCUUUGCUGAGUUUCCCAGCACCCUGGCAGCCAGGCAAGCGGAAGAGUUGACUUUUCCAAGGCCUGGCCUCUUGGCUGGUGAUAAUGAAGCUAAUGCAACAAACUACCAAAAUCUCCCUCUUGUUCGUUUUUGAGGGGAGGAACCAGAUAGGAUCUAGACAGGAGGGCUGAUGGGGAAGGAAUCUGGUAGUUAAAUUUUUCCAGGGUAGAAAUUUCUGCUUCAAGAUAAAACAUUUUGCGGGGCCGCAGAGCUUCAGGUGUUGGCCACCAGUUGACUUUUGCACCAGCUUCUGGGUAACAAGUUCCCUCUGCCUCUUACUCUAGGAUUCAACUCCUUGGACAGUGUAGGCUCAGGUCUUCCCCAAACCCUUGACCAGCCAGCCUGCUCCUCAGCUCCGAUGCAUUUGAAGUCCAUCUUGGUGGGUCACCGAUUCACUCCCUGCCGGCUCAGCCUUAAUUCCACGCACUCCCUUCCCAGAGGCUCGAAAUGGAAAGGAUUUAGCACUUCCCCGCCCCCACCGACUCCGCGAUCCACACGUGGGUGCUCGGGCAGGGUAGAACGGUUGCAAAGGCUUUUUACUUAAUUGCAUUUCUUCCAACCCUCAAAGAAUUCGUGUUUUGAGGCUUUGUACACGAAGCUGAAAGCAGCGGGUCUGAUGGAGGCUUAAGAACCUGACAAUGUCUCUUUAAAUAGAAGCUCCGCGGGGGGGGGGGUAAUUGACUGAAGUGUUUUCGACGUUAACCGGCGGCUCGCGGGAGUCGGGAGCCCACACGAGCCGCAGGUCCCGAUUUAAAUUACAUCCGUCAUCGGUGAAAACUGAAAGGGGCCAGAUCAGCAUGCCCUGCUCCUCGCUGGGCUGUUAAUGGAGGACAGGGCCGAUGCUAAAGGCUGAGACCAAGGACCCCCGCCUCUGUCCCCCUGCGUGGGACGCAGGCCCAGCCCAGCUUCCAGCUUUUAUUACUGGGCAGGUUAGUAACUCAGAGAGACCUGCGUGAAAGGUCUUUGCUGGCCGCGUCCUUCGGCUCCGGCUCCCGGUCCCGCCCUCGCCGUCCCACUCUGUUCCCUCCUAGCGAGGGGGCGGGAGUACGGGAGGGGACAGACAGAUCGCUCGCGCUAGGACCUCGCAGAGGCGCCGGCAAGGGUGUCGGUGCGCCCGCCCCGCGGGGAGGUGCAGGUGGGGGUGCUUUGCGAACCCCGAACGUGGAGCGCGCAGCCUCUUACCCUGCCUGCGACGUCGUCGAUGUAUCUGUCUGCUGGACGGAAGGUUCUCGACAGUAACUCCGAGGAGCCGCCCACAGCGGGAACGACCCUGCCGAGAAGUGAGGGCGGGGAGAGCGCGGGAUCGCGCCCGGAUGGGCCCUACACCCGGGGCCGCGCGGGCCGCAGCCUGGACGUGAUCCCCGGUGCCCCCUGGUGGCUAGCGACCUCCUCGCUGCGCCCAGGCUCCGAGCCCAGUCUUCUAGUUUUUGGGGGAUCGCUAAUGUGUACUUUUCCCUCCGUGAGUGUUUAUCAUGGAAUCCGCUCCCUUUUGAACACUAAAUCCAGAUACUUGAAGUCACUUCACAGCAGAGAAGUGUGGGACAGAGAACCAAAAACAGCAACGACAAUGAAAACGCUCAUUGGGUGGGUGUAGCAGCCCAGGUCCUUUCCUAAGAAGCCCAAAUGAAUCUUCAGUUGAGGCUCCCUGCCCUGAGAGCUCCCGCUGUCUGCUGAAAAGUUGGGGCUUGGUGGACACCGGAACCUGCCAGUUCCAUGGAGUUUCCUUACAGUAGCUGUUCUUUUUUCUGAGUGUUCUACCCUUUACCCCUUUGCCCCAAACAUCUGCUGACCUCUGUCCUCAGACUGGGUGAUAGGUGACUAAUAUCAGAGUCGUGCUAGGGUGGGGAUAACCGGACUCUCCAAAUGCAAACUGCUCCCUUCUGACCUGUGCUUGCCCGUUUACUCCCUUCCCACUGUGUUGAAGUUGUUAAUGGUGUUAGAAUACAAGUAUUUUGGCCCCAAGAUCUGGGUCGCACAUUGCA